GACGUCUUCGCCGCGCCGCUCCGCGUCGACGUGCUCCACGACUGCGUCCGGUGGCAGCGCAACAAGCGGCGGCAGGUGCACCGCGCGUCGAAGCGCCGCGGCGAGGUCUCCGGGUCGACGCGGAAGCUCUACCGCCAGAAGGGCACGGGCAACGCGCGCGCGGGGAGCCUGCGGUCGCCGCUCCGAAAGGGCGGCGCGAAGGCGCACGGGCCGGCCGCGCGCGACUUCAAGACGGAGCUGAACAAGAAGCAGCGGCGCCUCGCCCUCCGCGUCGCCCUCUCGGCCAAGCUCCGCGAGGGCCGCCUCACGGUCGCGGCGUCGCUCGACACGCCGCCGAAGACGCGCGUAGUCGCGGACGCGCUCCGAGGCCGCGGCAUCCGGUCCGCGCUCUUCGUCGACGACGACCUCGCCGAGGACUUCAAGACGGCCUGCCGCAACGUGCCCCUCGUCGACGUCCUCCCCCAGGUCGGCGCCAACGUCUACUCCAUCCUCCAGCGGGACCACCUCGUCCUCUCGGAAAGCGCCGCGUGCGGA